AAACUUUUCCUGCCUUGUUUUCAGGAUUUAUUUGGUGUGAGCAUGGUUGUUCCCUUAAUGAACCUUCAUAUCAAAUCUCUAGGAGCAAGUCAUACAGUUGCUGGAAUAAUAGGAUCUCUGUAUGGUAUAAUGCAACUAUUUUCCAGCACAUUUGUGGGCUGCUGGAGUGAUAUAGUAGGAAGACGGUAUUCCCUGCUUGCUUGUAUUCUUCUCAGUGCACUGGGGUAUUUCCUUCUUGGAACAUCCACCACUGUGUUCCUGUUUGCCAUUUCUAGAGUUCCUGUAGGUAUUUUCAAACACACGCUCUCCAUCUCUAAAGCCCUGCUUUCUGACUUGGUUUCUGAGCGAGACCGCCCUUUAGUAAUGGGACGCUUCAAUGCAGCAUCUAGCGUCGGCUUCAUUCUGGGGCCUGUUGUUGGUGGCUACCUUACAGAGUUGGAAGAUGGCUUUUAUCAAACGGCUUUCAUCUGUGCCUCUAUCUUCCUUCUGAACGCUGGUCUUGUCUGGAUGUUACCCUGGAGUGAAGAAAACACUGGCAAUAGGGAACAUCAACAAGGCAGCAAAGGAACGGACAGUUUCUCAGCAAAAGCAAAUCAUGACGUGCACUCGAAAUCAGCAAGUAAUGGAGCUGUGGCAAGCGAUAGUCUUUUCCAGUCUCCGUGGGUCCAAGUUACAACAGUGCUGAAGAGGAUUAAAGGAAUUGCGUGUUCUGAUCUGUGGGAUAUAUUUUUAGUGCGGUUGCUGAUGUCUGUUGCUAUACUGCUGUACUACAGUAAUUUUAGCCUGGCCUUGGAUGAGAGAUUUGGGGUAAAACCCUUGUUUGCUGGAUACCUAAUGAGCUAUAGCAGUGCACUUGGAGUCCUGGCUGGUUGUCUGCUUGGACCGAUAACAAGACUCUAUCAGUACAACACUUACAGAAUUUUGUUGCACUCCAGCACCCUUACUUGCACGUUGAUUCUCCUGUAUGCAUCAGCGCUGAGCAUAUGGAUGGUCAUUUUGUCUUCCACGUUCUUAGCCUUUUCAACUACUAUAGGUCGUACUUGUAUCAUGGAUCUUGAAUUGACCAUUGGUGGGAAUGAGGCCAGUGGUACGCUCCUAGGUGUUGGACAGUCUGUGACAUCAGUGGGACGUAUAGUUGCUCCGCUCCUUUCUGGAAUUGCUCAGGAGUUCAGUCCUUCUGGCCCUCCAAGUCUAGGGGUUGGACUAGCCUUAAUAGCUAUUCUGAUCAUGAAUGCGAACAAACAAAAAUAUUGUAGCCGUGGAAAUGUUAAGUUAAAAAAUCAAUAGCUGCAAAUUUGGAUUGCAUCGAUGUAUCUU